AUGCCCCAAGAGCAGAAGCAAAAGAAGAAACGGGUUCCAAUCACUGCCCUUACAAAACAGGAGAUAUGCAUUAAAAAAAGAGAAAAUAUGAAGCUCAGAGACGAGGACCUCGCUAAAGAAUAUGGUCUUGACCGGAGUACGAUCACUAAAAUCCUGAAACAAAGGGAUAAAUGGUUAGCAAUCGACCCAAACUCAAACUAUGCAAAGCAAAAGACACAGAAAUCCCCAAAGUUUCCACAGAUUGAAGAAGCCUUGGCUUCAUGGUUGACGGCUACCAUUUCUCAAGGAAAUGCCGUCAGCGAUGGACAGCUCCAAGAAAAAGCCCUAGAAUUUGCUCAAAUGUAUGGGCUUCGGAACGAGUUUCAGGCCUCAAAUGGGUGGAUAUCAAAAUUCAAAAAUCGUCAUCAAGUUCGUAGUGGCGAUAGCUCGGGUGCUCCGGAUGUUUCUUUACAGAUAACACCUCAAUCAGUGCCUAUCACUGGAACAAUAUUGUCUCCACCAGAGCAUUCAAAUUUUAGUAGUACAGUUAGUAUGCCACCCAGUUCCAACUAUACAACUCCUCAGUCUAUAACUUCUACGUCAAACAGAACGAACGGGACAAAUGCGCUUAUUGGUUCCGCUUCUAGCUCACCUUAUAUUACGUUUGGGGCUUCAAACUCAAUGGGACCUCCUUACACUCCUUCUAGGAUUUACCCUGUAUUAACCAUAGCGCCCCAUAUCCCAUUAGAGAACGCGGCGUAUGUGACAACACAACAAAAGAAGAAUAUUAGUUGCUUUUCUGUUGGUCUUUAUUUCCGUCCUGGUUAUCCUGAAGUUUCUCCAAAUAACCGCUAUUUUGAAAACUUGAAAAAUUUGGGAAGACUCGUUGAUGGCACUAAAGGAGCUGAGUUCAUUGACGGGAUGGUACCAAGAGAAAAUGAUAUUGUAAUUCAAAAACGCCGAACUGAUGCAUUUUAUAAUACUGACCUUCAAAUGAUUCUCGAAUCCCGAAACAUCCAUCACAUAAUUUUAUCUGGUAUCGCAACAGGUGAUGUAAUUUUAUCAACAACUCGUUCUGCUGCUGACAGAGAUAUGAGUAUCACUGUCGUACGAGAUUGUUGCUUUGAUGGAAAUGAUCUGGUUCAAAACGUGUUAAUGGACGAAAUCUUUCCCAAACAAGGCGUUAUGGUUGUUUCUUUUGAAGAAAUUGUAAAUGGUUUAAGAUCAAUUUAA